AGAAAAUGACCUUUAGCCCCACGGCCACCUUUCACCCCUUGCUGCUCUAGACAGACGCGACGAUUUCCGGCCGGAAGAUUGUGCGGAGCGGAGGUAAUAAUCAUCAUUGGAAGCAGGUUAGCCAUGGCAGAGGCAGGUCAUGGGUCUCCUACUGCUGUUCCUCAGAACUGCUAUGAUGGGUCUCCUACUGAAGUUUUAUGUGACAAGGAUGCAAGCACAAUGAAAGACCUGCCCAAAGCGAGCAAAACCAGUUUGGUCAGUCAACAGGAAGCAAAUACUACUGAGAAACCCUACAUGUGUGGGGAGUGUGGGUACAGCACAGCAAAGAAGUCUGACUUAUCCCGGCACAUGAGGACUCAUACAGGGCAAAAACCAUUCAAGUAUGACCUGUGUGACUAUUCUGCUGCACUAAAAAAAAGUUUGGACCAACAUCUAGCAAAACACACCGGUGAAAAACCCUACAUGUGUGGAGAGUGUGGCUACAGGACAGCUCAGAAGUCUCAUUUGUCACAACAUAUGAGGAUUCAUACCGGUGAAAAGCCCUACAAGUGUGACCAGUGUGACUAUUCUGCUGCACAGAAAAUCACUUUGAACGAUCAUCUUAGACAACAUACAGGUGACAAACCCUACAUGUGUGGGGAGUGUGGGUACAGAGCAACUCGGAAGUCUCAUUUGUUCGAACAUAUGAGAACUCAUACUGGUGAAAAACCCUUUAAGUGUCAUCACUGUGACUAUUCUGCAGCACGAAAGUCCACUUUGGACAAGCAUCUACGACAACACGCCGGGGAGAAACGCUACAUGUGUGGGGAGUGUGGGUACAGAGCAACUCAGAAGUCUCACUUAUCCACCCACAUGAGAACCCAUACAGGUGAAAAACCCUUUAAGUGUCAUCACUGUGACUAUUCUGCAGCACGAAAAUUCAAUUUGGACCAACAUCUAGCCAAACACACUGGCAGCAAUUGCAGACCCUACAUGUGUGGGGAGUGUGGAUACAGGGCAACUCAGAAGUCUCAUUUGUUUGAACAUAUGAGAACUCAUACUGGUGAAAAACCCUACAAGUGUGACCAGUGUGACUAUUCUGCUGCACAGAAAUCCACUUUGGCCAAACAUUGUAAAACCCACCAUUGAAGAACACUACAUGAUUUCAGGAUAUCUAAGAAAAGUCUUUUAGAUAGCGUACUAGUAUCGUAUAUCAUCUUGCUGUAGUAAAAAUCAAAUUAGUAAAUGUACAGACACUUGAAAAAGGACAUACUAGUAGGGAGUUGAGGAAAACAAUACAGUCGACGUCAUAUCACGCCAAGACCCCAAGAAAACUUUACAGAAAAAUUAUACAGUCUCCAGACUACCACCACCUUGUUAUAUACAUGAUAACCUACUGAACGCAACCAUAUUGUGAUAGUACCACUGUGACAACAAACAUUAUGAUGCUUGGACACCACUAAUCUCAUUUGAGAGAAAUGGUAAACUAAAGAUUUUAAUACAAGUAAAGAUUUCAAUAGAGUUUAGAACAACAAGAUGGCCAAUGCAUGCUAACGUUACUUUACUGAUAUCUAAAAUGUGAACUGAAUGUUUAUUGUACUAUGAUAUGUUACUGCAGCUGUGCUAUUUUAUUUUACUAUACUUACUGUACUACCAUAUCUUACUGCACUUAAGUUCAGUUCAGUUCAGUUCAUCCUCGUCAGGUGACACUAUAAAGUUCCUUUAGACGACUCUGUCGUUCAUGACAGACAGGAGGUCUCCAUCUUGGAGGCCAACAUCCUCCUCAAUAACCCUCUCACUUAUAAGAGCGCAAUUCAUACAUCCAAUGUAAUGACCGGAUGGGGAGAUGUUUGAUUUGUCAACGUUGAAUAAACCAUUGAUUGACACAA